AAAAAUGAAAAACAUUCCAAAUUCCAACACAAUUCCAACAAACAGCAAUAUCACAGUUUUACAAAAACAACGAAAAUGUUUCUUGAUAGACACCCUCCUCGAACAAAGACAGAAACGCCUUGAAGCUGCUUUGAAUAAUAAAUCAAAUGAGGUGAGAGGCAAUUUGUAUUUUUAUUUUUUCCAGUAA